AUGUUUGGCUGUGGUAAAGUUCUUGGGUCGCCCCGGAUUCUCAACAGAUCUACUGCUGUUCCCGGAGACUCAGGAUUAAGACAUAUAAUCAGAAACAGCGCAGGCUCAUCCUACGGUCCCCGUGCGUCCUCGCGGUUGUGUUGCGCUCUCCUGUUUCUCCUGCUCAUCCUCACACCGCGCGUGGACUCGUCCUGGUGGUAUAUUGGAGCCCUUGGUGCCCGUGUGAUCUGUGACAAUAUUCCCGGGCUGGUGAAUAAACAGAGGCAGUUGUGUCAGAAGUAUCCCGACAUCAUGCAGUCGAUUGGGGGCGGGGCUAAAGAGUGGAUUCGAGAGUGCCAGCAUCAAUUCCGUCAUCACCGCUGGAACUGCAGUGCACUGGACAGAGACCAUACCGUUUUUGGGAGAGUCAUACAGCGCAGCAGUCGUGAGGCAGCGUUCGUAUAUGCAAUCUCCUCAGCAGGAGUGGUUUUCGCCAUUACCCGCGCCUGCAGUCAGGGGGAGCUAAAGAUAUGUAACUGUGACCCCCACAAGCGUGGCCGGGCAAGUGACGAACGAGGAGAGUUUGACUGGGGUGGCUGCAGUGAUAACAUCAACUAUGGGAUAAAGUUCGCCAAAGCUUUCAUAGACGCAAAAGAGCGAACUGUGAAAGACGCACGAGCACUCAUGAACCUUCAUAACAACCGCUGUGGGAGAAUGGCUGUAAAGCGCUUUAUGAAGCUGGAGUGUAAAUGUCAUGGAGUCAGUGGGUCGUGCACUCUGAGAACGUGCUGGUUGGCAAUGUCGGACUUCCGUAAAACGGGAGACUACCUUCGCAAGAAAUACAACGGAGCCAUCGAGGUCACCAUGAACCAAGAUGGGACAGGAUUCACAGUAGCCAAUAAAGACUUCAGGAAAGCCACAAAAAAUGACCUGGUGUACUUCGAAAACUCACCUGAUUACUGCGUCAUGGACAAAGCUGCAGGUUCAUUGGGUACUGCUGGUCGGGUCUGUAACAAGAUGUCCCGGGGGACCGACGGCUGCGAGGUCAUGUGUUGUGGGCGGGGCUACGACACCACACGCAUAAAACGCAUCACCAAGUGCGAGUGUAAAUUUAAGUGGUGUUGCUCUGUCGAGUGCAAAGACUGCGAAGAGGCUGUCGACAUUCACACCUGCAAAGCUCCUAAACGUGCCGAAUGGCUGGACCAGACCUGAGACACGGCCACUUCACCCCGUUCCUCAGGAUUUUGUCCACAGCAUUCUGGGAUAUGAAGUCCAUCCCUUGCAUUUUUUUACCCUGCCCCCCAAUCCCUUGUUGCAUGGCUUAUUUGAACUUAUUUUGUGAAAGCACUACAACUGAAAUUUACAUUUCUCA